AUCCGCUUCCUCUUUCUUUCCUUUGGAGGAAAUGACAACGCCCUCGCCUAGCAAGAACGAUCGAGAUCGAAUCGCUUUGAUAAACAAAUAUGAAGAGUUCAUCAACUUGAAGCUGAAGCCCAGUUUGAAAGCAACACUCGAUGCCCGAGACGUGGUUUUUGACACAAUUUCAGAAUACCAGAAAUUAAAAUCACAGAUCGAGUUAAUCCAACAAAAUGAGCUGGACGAAUUAAAAACUAUGGUGGAUCUGGGUACCCAGUUUUAUGUGCAGGCUCACAUACCCGAUACAAAAUAUAUCUAUGUCAAUGUUGGAUUCGGAUUCCACGUGCAGUUUACACUGGAUGAAGCAAAGAAGUUUAUCGAUAAAAAGGAAAAACAAUUGCAAAGCACGGCUGAUAAGUACUCAGAGGAAGCAGACAAGAUUCGUGCACACAUUAAAAUGACACUAGAAGCAAUCUCAGAGAUCCUAGGAUAAGGAUAGUAAUGUAUUAUAGUAAAUCGUACAUAUUUGGCAUAUAAAGACAUAAUCUCAACUGAAACGCAGAAGGUGGGAUGGCUUCAAAAUGUAAUUUAUACGUAU